AUGGUUGUCACUAUCCCUACCCUGCCAGUGCUCCCCCCCACUGCGCCCGAUGUCCCUACCUCCAACACCAUUCUGGAGCAGCCGACUCUUGCGGACAAGAAGGGUCUGAAUGUCGACAUCAAGGACGUGGCCUUUACAGACAUCGACCCCGGUGUUUUCAACAGCGAGCUUGUCAAGUUGAAGCUCUACGUCAAGCCCGUCGCCAGCGACCUCACCAAGGACCCCAAGGAUGGAGGCGGCAACAUCGAGGAGGGUACCUACGCAGGAACCCAGGCUGCCUUGACUCAUGCCUACAGUCGAAUUGAGCGCAGUUACGAGUCCUACUUCGAUGUCUUGCAAAUUGAGCCCACCCUGCCUCGCCUGGCAGACCUUUCGGCCAAGCAGAACAUUUACCAGUACUCGUCCUACCCCCUCGGCGAUGAUGGAAAGCCUGCGCAGUACCCUCCCCACCUGCAGACCAUUCCCAAAGACGACCAAGUCAGCCAAUUGAAGAUCUUCAACGCCCUCGGUCUCGCCGAGACGAAGCAGCUGUUGACGCAGGUCAUCCCAACCACCUUCCUUGGCAAGACGGCGGCUUGGAUCUUCCACCACUUCAACGGUGACAUCUCCGAGGCGGCGAACCAGGGUCUUACCUUCAAGGCCUACGAGGACUACAACAAGAACAACCGCAAGUCCGGUACAGACAUUGAGUCGGGCCAGAACAUCGGUCUCUUGGCCGACUGGUUCACCGAUCGCCGCUUUGCUGAGCAGUCGCUCACCGGCACCAACCCUACCACCCUCAUCUCGGUUGCCAAGCUCAAGGACAACCUGUUGGCCGAGUUCAUCGAGACUGCCGGCCGGGAAAAGUACGACUUCUGGGCCAAGGAGCUCCCCAAGAAGGACCCCAAGUCGCUCUUCGUCCAGGACUGCCGCUACUUCCGCGCCGCCGUCCACGCUGGGUCCAACGAUGAACUAAGCGCCGAGGACGCCGUCAAGAACACGAGCUGGGCCUGCGCGGCUGUCACGCUCUUCGAGCUGUACCCCAGCGGCAAGCUCCACCCCAUCGCCAUUGUCUGCGACUACAAGACCGACAUGAAGAGCUCCGUCACCAUCUUCAACAAGAGGCAUCUCCCCACUGAUUCGUCCUCCGGCGAGGCCACUGACUGGCCCUGGCGAUACGCCAAGACGUGUGCUCAGGUCUCAGACUGGCUCCGCCACGAGAUCGGUGUGCAUCUGACUCGUGCUCAUCUGAUCGAGGAGGCCUUGAUCGUGGGCACCCACCGUGCCAUCCCCAUGACGCACAUUGUCUACAAGCUUCUGGAGCCUCACUGGUACAAGACGCUUUCCCUCAACGCGGCUGCGCGAGAGACACUUGUGCCGCAGCUCGUCAAGGAGCUGGUCGGCUUCAAGGAAGAGCAGCUGUACCAGUUCAUCCGUUCCGACUUUGAGAGCUUCGACUACGUCGGCAGCUAUGUGCCCAACGACCUCGACAACCGAGGAUUCCCCAACACGGCUGCCGGCCUCAAGGGCGAGAAGUACAAGAACUACGCCUACGCCAAGAACAUGCUGUCCAUGUGGACUACCAUCCGAUCGUACGUCAAGCAGAUGCUUGCGAUUGCGUACGACGAGAACACCCCGGGCAAGAGGGUUCAAGACGACGACGUUCUCAAGAAGUGGACUAACGAGAUCCGCACCGGGGGCUGGAUCAAGACAUUCCCCGACAUCAAGACCCUGGACGAUCUCUGCGACGCCAUCACCAUGAGCAUCCACAUUGCGGCUCCCUUCCACACCGCCGUCAACUACCUCCAGAGCUUCUACCAGUCGUUUGUCCUCGCUAAGCCUCCGGCUCUCUGCAACCCGCUGCCCCAGGAUCUCAAGGAGCUCAACGCCUACACGGAGAGGACUCUCAUCGCGGCGCUGCCCUGUGGCCGACAGCGACAGUGGCUGCUCUCAGUCCAGGUCCCCUGGCUGCUCAGCUUCAAGGUUCCCGACGAGCGGAGUCUCCUUUCGUUCGCGCAGUCUCAGUGGAACACUCACCGCAGAGGCAAUGCCGAGGACCUCAAGAUUGCAGCGGCCAGCGAGGCUUUGUACAAGAAUUUGCAGGGCCUUAUCAAGGAGUAUGUCUUGACUAGCCAAGGCAUGGACAAGGGUUCCAUUCCGUACACGGUUUUGGAUCCGGCCAACACGGCAGUGUCGAUUCUUAUUUAA